AGAUCCAUACACCUCUCAAAUUCAAAUGAGAUAACGGAGAGAAUUUCAUCAUUUGUUUCAAAAUCACUGAUUUUUCAACCUUCCUCACAAGCACACAUCCCAAGAAAAGUUCCACAGUCACUUCUCUCGUUACCAAAUUUUGAAAAAAAGAAAAAGAAACACAUAAAAAUAAAGAAAACCAAUUUUCCAUUGGAGCUUCAUCAAUGAGAAAAAUCCAAGCCAACCCUGCACCAAAACCCUAGAAAUAAAAUGACUUCAAAAAAGGAAGCCCUAUUCAUAGCAUCACUCAUCAUCCUCUGGUACUCUGCAAACAUUGGUGUUCUCCUCCUCAACAAAUUCUUGCUCUCCAGUUAUGGGUUUGGCUUCCCAAUCUUCCUCACAAUGUGCCACAUGUCAGCUUGUGCUGUCCUCAGCUACAUCUCCAUUGUCUUCCUCAAAAUUGUCCCACUCCAGAGAAUCAAAUCUAGGUCUCAGUUCUUGAGGAUUGCUACUCUGAGCAUUGUGUUUUGUGGGUCUGUUGUUGGUGGCAACAUCUCUCUCAGCUACCUCCCUGUGUCCUUCAAUCAGGCUGUUGGUGCAACGACGCCGUUUUUCACGGCUGUGUUUGCUUAUCUGAUGACCUUCAAGAGAGAGGCUUGGGUCACUUAUGCUGCUCUUGUACCAGUUGUUACUGGUGUUGUGAUUGCAAGUGGGGGUGAGCCAAGCUUUCACUUGUAUGGAUUUAUUAUGUGCGUAAGUGCAACUGCUGCAAGGGCCUUCAAGUCUGUUUUACAGGGUAUCUUACUAUCUUCUGAAGGGGAGAUGUUGAACUCCAUGAAUUUGUUGCUGUAUAUGUCCCCAAUUGCUGUUCUAGUUUUAUUGCCUGCAACACUUUUAAUGGAGCCAGAUGUGUUAGAUGUCACUCUUUCGCUUGGAAUGAAACACAGAUUAAUGUGGCUACUUCUUUCCAUUAAUUCAGUGGCAGCUUAUUUGGCCAACUUGUCCAACUUCUUGGUGACUAAGCAUACAAGUGCUCUAACACUCCAGGUUCAAUUUCUCUCUCUCUCUCUCCCCCAUAGGGUAAUGGUGUCACAAAUUUCUUGCUAAAAUUGUUUGUUUCACAAUAAAUUACUUCGUCAAAGAAACAUAUUACAAAUUUAGUUUUAUUAAGCUCACGGUUGUUGAAAACAGUGUAUCAUUGUAGCAUUACAUUCCAAGAUUCUGAUCACCUAAAUGUCCUCCCUACAUAAUAGGAGUGAGGUCAUUUUGUUCUCCCUACAAUUUUUUGGUACAAUCCAUAUACCUGAAUGGAUUCAUUUAAAAAAUAAACCUGUC